AUGUAUAGUAAAAUUGAAGAUUUAUCUAUUGAACUUUGGUUAGAAAUAUUUACUUAUUUAAAAAUUCGUCAUCAAUUUAAUACUUUUCUUAAUUUAAAUAAAAGACUUAAUCAAAUUCUAUUAUCUUAUCAACCUCAUAUUACUUUGAAAAAUAAUGAUGAAGAUACUCAAUAUAUACUAAAAUAUGUUUCACCAUAUUUAAUACAUCGAGAAAAUGUCACCGGCUUACGAUUGGAAAAUACAAAUAAAGUUGACCUUAUUAAUAAUGAAAAAUUAUUAUAUUUUCCUCGUGUUGCUACACUUUUUCUUCAUCGUUUGCAUAUUACGAAAGAUUUUCUUAAUCUAUUUCAACAAAAUUCUACUUAUCUUCGAUACUUGAAUAUUAGUUCAAUUGUAUCUGGUGAUAAAAUAAUGAUGCAUCAAUUACUUGAAAUAAUUCUAUCUCUAUCAAAUUUACAAACAUUACAUCUUGGUUUAAGAAUGAGUAUGUCUCCAAUUCAAUUAAGAAUUUCAUCAAAAAGUCCAAUUAAAAAUUUAAAACUAAUUGGACUCAAUGAAAAUUUUUUUAUCGAUCGACUUAUUAUUUUAUUACAAUAUUUACCAUAUUUACAAUCUUUACAUAUAAUAACUAAUCAAAUUAAUUUUAUUUCUACAAAAAAUACAGAUAAUAUAUCUUGUACAAAUUCAAUCUCUAGUUUUACUUUAAAUAUUCAUGAAUUUAUUGUUUCUUUUGUACAAUUUACAAAUUUUAUAUUACGUAUAAUACCUUAUGUACAAGAACUUAAGAUUAUAUGUCGUAGUCCAGUUCAAAAUUUCGACUAUUUAAAUCAUCGAGAAUGGAUAAUGUUUAUUCAAUCAUUACCAAAUUUGAAAAAAAUAACUCUUGAUAUCUCUCGUAGUAAUGACAUUGAUGAACAAAUAUGGAAUAAGAAAUGUCAAAUGUUAAUUAAAUUAAUGAUUAAAAAUCAUAUUAUUUUACAAAUUGUCAAAUAA